AUGGUCAUGGGUACAACCCCAUCUUAUUCAUUAGAGUCCAAAUUGGGAGACUGCAAACGCAUUGCAGAUGUUCGACGCGAGACCUUAAGGAGAAUCACCGGCAGAAAUCUCAACGACCUACCUCUUGAUGGGUUCGAUUACGCCUCCAUCCUCAACCAGUGUUGCGAGAUGCCGGUUGGGUUUGUCGCAUUGCCCGUUGGCAUCGCGGACCCGCUGUUUUUAGAUGGGAGGACUUACUACGUGCCGAUGGCCAUGGCCGAGGGGUGUUUGGUUGCGAGCAUGAACAGAAGGUGUAAGGCUAUCGGGGAGUCAGGUGGGGCCCAAAGUGUUGUGCUUAGGGACGGAAUGAUGAGGGCCCUGAUGGUGAGGUUUAUGCUUAGGGUGCAAGCCCAUUGGGGAGUCACGUAUCAUGUUUCAUUGUUCAGUUGA